GGAAAAUGUGACCAAACUAAGACCACUUCUUCUUGCUCACUGUAAGAAAAUAUCCUCUUUGCAAGCCCGCCGAACACCUUCCAUGUAAAACGGACAGUUGAAUCCGAGAGAGAGAGAGAGAGAGAGAGAGGAGAGAAAAUGAACGUCUUCUCUUCUUCUUCUCCUCCUCCUUCCCCAAACCCGAAGUUCACACUCUUCUCUCCUUCUCAAAACGCUAACACCUCCAAAUUCCACUUCAAAUUCCCAUUCAAAACCUUUAAUUACUCUCCUUCAUCUCCUCUCCUACCUCCACUCUCUUCAAACGAAUCAUCAUUAUCACCACUUCUCCAAGAAAAACCUCAAUCUUUGUAUGAUGACGAUAUCAAUGGAGUCACUGAAGACACCGGAACUACUAGCAGACAGUCUCUGGAGGAAUUACUCGUUGUUCGUCGGCCGGUAAUGGAGAAUACCGGCGAGGAAGAAGCGGAUGACAGCGAGACCGAUGAGAAAGAUUAUAUAGAGGAAAAGUCGUCUUUGGCGUCUCCAAUCGAUGCCGGACUUUCAAAAUUUGCUAAAAAGAUGCCCAUUUUUGAGCCAGCGAGAGUUCAAUCGAGCUCGGAAGAGAAGCCGCUUACGGUGAAUUUGGAUUUGGCGUUGUACAGAGCGAGGGUUUUGACGCGAAACUAUCGGUAUAAAGAAGCAGGGGAGAUUCUUCUGAAGUGUGUAUAUUAUUGGCCAGAAGAUGGGCGGCCAUACGUUGCCUUAGGUAAGAUAUUUAGCAAGCAAUUGAAAGCAGCUGAAGCUAGAGCUGUAUAUGAAAAAGGCUGCCAGGCAACGCAGGGUGAAAAUCCCUACAUUUGGCAGUGCUGGGCUGUUCUGGAAAACAAGAUUGGUAAUAUAAGGAGAGCUAGAGAAUUAUUCGAUGCUGCCACAGUUGCUGAUAGGACACAUAUUGCAGCCUGGCAUGGAUGGGCAGUCUUGGAACUAAAACAGGGGAAUGUAAAGAAGGCAAGGAGUCUCCUUGGUAAAGGUCUCAAAUAUUGUGGUGGAAAUGAGUAUGUAUAUCAGACACUUGCAUUACUUGAAGCUAAAGCAAAUCGGUAUGAGCAGGCUCGAUAUUUAUUCAGGCAGGCUACUAAAUGUAAUCCCAGAAGCUGUGCCAGUUGGCUUGCAUGGGCGCAAUUAGAGAUACAACAGGAAAACAACCGCACUGCUCGGCAACUUUUUGAGAAAGCAGUCCAGGCCAGUCCCAAGAAUAGGUUUGCAUGGCAUGUAUGGGGAGUCUUUGAAGCUAAUCUGGGCAAUAUUGACCAAGGAAGAAAACUUCUGAAGAUUGGUCAUGCACUGAAUCCUAGGGAUCCUGUUCUCCUUCAGUCUCUUGCUUUAUUGGAAUACAAAUACUCAACUGCAAAUGUUGCUCGAGUGUUGUUCAGGAGAGCAUCUGAAUUGGACCCAAGACACCAACCAGUAUGGAUUGCUUGGGGGUGGAUGGAAUGGAAGGAAGGAAACAUUGCCACAGCCAGGGACCUAUACCAAAGAGCAUUAUCAAUUGAUUCAACCACCGAAAGUGCUGCUCGCUGCCUCCAGGCUUGGGGUGUUUUGGAACAGAGAAUUGGAAAUCUAUCAGCUGCUCGGAGGCUAUUUAGAUCUUCGCUGAACAUAAAUUCCCAAAGCUAUGUAACAUGGAUGACGUGGGCAUCAAUGGAGGAGGAUCAAGGAAAUUCUGUACGCGCUGAGGAAAUUCGUAACACCUAUUUCCAACAGCGUACAGAAGUUGUUGAUGAUGCUUCAUGGGUUAUGGGGUUCUUAGACAUCAUCGACCCUGCAAUUGAUAGUGUAAAGAGACUCUUGAACUUUGAUCAGAACUCAUAUUACAAGGCAGAAUAUUCUUCAAAAAACAUAUUAAGGGGCGAUGACAAUAACACUGGAGAAGAAUCAGUUGGACCUUCCUCAGAUUACAUUUAUUAUAGUGCUGCCACAAUUGGAACUGGUUUUAAUGUAGAUUCAUUCGUCCGUGAGAAGUUAUCCCUUGAUACGUCAAAACUGGACGUUCAGAUGGAAGCAUCUCAGAGACUAAUUCAAAAGAAAGUAAUAUCUCCAAGAAGGAUUUGGAGAUCAGAGAGCAGGAGUGGCACAACCAGUAAUAUGAUCUGACCAUUUUAGUCUGUCGUAGUAAUGGUGAAAGCAAUCAAUCGAUCAAGUUCAUGAUUGAUCUAGCAUUCAGAUAGAUAAAACAUGGAUCUUAAAGCAAGUGAGCAUGUUAACUCCUGCUGGAGAUUUGUAAAAUUACUAGGUUACAUCAAGUGACUGGCGGAUCUGUACGCUGUCAUUGUAACAAUAUCAGGUAAGUACAAAUGCCGCUAAUCAAAGAAGCAUUUGUAGAAUGUGAUUUGUAUUGCUUUACGGGAUUCAGCAUAUGGUUUGUAAAUCUUGAAGGGAGUGAGCAUGUAAACAAUUUUUUACGACCUAUUCCGAGAGAAAAAAGAAAGAUAUUCUUAGUUA